ACACAGUUUUCAAGCUGUGCAUCCUGUGCCUGUGCUCCACUUGAUUUACAGAUGGCUGAGCAUCGGAUUGGGCUUCUAGUGAGCUUAUUUCUUCUUGAGGUUCUUCUCUUGGAUGCUGCAAAAAUCCUGACUAUAUCUACAGUUGGUGGAAGCCACUAUGUGGUGAUAAACCAUGUGUCACAAAUUCUUCAAGACCAUGGACAUAAUGUGACUAAUCUGCUUAAUGAAAAGCUUAUUAUCCCAGAAUUUAAAGUGGAGAAAACAUCAUACCAGGUUAUCAACUGGCAUCUAUCUGAAGAUAAGCAAAAAGAAAUUGAUAAUAGAAGACAACUCCUUGUAGAAGAAUUAGUUCAUUACAGGUCUAACCAUCACACCAAUAUAAAGAUCUUUGGAUAUUUUGUGGACUUAUGCAGUCACUUAUUAAGCAGAAAGGACAUCAUGGACUCCUUAAGAAAGAAGAAAUUUGACUUACUCUUUUUAGAUGCAACAGAUCCUUGUGUUUUCUUGAUCGCUGAGAAACUUGGGAAACAAUUUGUGGCUUUUCUUCCCGUGGUAUUUAGCAUUAUAGACUAUGGGGUACCACACCCUUUGUCUUUUGUCCCAGGAUUUGGUUCCAGUUUAACUGACCAAAUGUACUUCUGGGCCAGAGUGAAGAACUUCCUGAUGUUCCUUGAUUCAUCCACGAAGCAAAGAGAAAUACUUUCUCAAUAUGACGGCAUCAUCCAGGAGCAUUUUGCAGAAGGCUCUCAGCCAGUUUUGUCUGAACUCCCAUGGAAAGCAGAGCUGUGGUUUGUCAGCUCUGACUUUGCCUUGGAUUUUGCUCAUCCCGUGUUUCCCAACAUCAUCUAUGUGGGAGGCUUAACGGACAAACCUGUUAAACCAAUACCUCCAGACUUGGAAGAUUUUAUCAUUAAGUUUGGAGACUCAGGUUUUGUCCUUGUGGCACUGGGCUCCACAGCAUUCCUGUAUCAGACCAAAGAACUUAUUAAGGAGAUGAACAGUGCCUUUGCUCGCCUCCCUCAAGGGGUGCUGUGGACAUGUAAGGAUGCUCAUUGGCCUAAAGAUGUCAGAAUGGCUCCAAAUGUCAAAAUCAUGGAUUGGCUUCCGCAGACUGACCUCCUGGCUCAUCCUAGUAUUCGACUUUUUGUCACCCACGGGGGAAUGAAUAGCAUAAUGGAGGCCAUCCACCAUGGAGUGCCCAUGGUCGGGAUUCCCUUUUUUGGAGACCAGGCUAAAAACAUGGUUGUAGUAGAAGCAAAGAAAAUUGGUGUUUCUGUUCAGCUAGAGACACUCAAGGCAGAGACAUUUGCACGUACACUAAAAGAAGUCAUAGAAGACAAGAGGUUCAAGUCUGCAGCCAUGGCUGCCAGGGCCAUCAGGCGCUCUCACCCCCUGACACCUUCCCAGCGUCUGGUGGGCUGGAUUGACCACAUCCUACAAACAGGGGGAGGAGCACAUCUCAAGCCCCAUGGCUUUCAACAGCCAUGGCAUGUGCAGAACCUGCUGGAUGUCCUAGUGUUCCUGUUGGGGCUCACUCUGGGCACCUUGUGGCUGUUGAAGAAAAUGCUGGGCUUGUUGCUCAGGUUCCUGGGUGUGGUCAGGAAGGAAAAGAAGGCAUAAUGUUAGGUUUGACCUGGGGAAGGAUGUUGGGAACUCUGGCUUUUUACAUGCCUGCCCCUUGCCUAAGACAAGGAACUCCCAGGGUUCUCCUCUUUCCCUCUUCCUACUGGUGGACCUCCAGUUGUCCUCACUGUUUUCUGCCUCUUUCCUAACACUCAUGCAGUACACUAACUGACUGGUGACUCCACUACCUGUAUCGCCUGGCUCUAGUACAAUCCUUUCUUUCCCAGCUGUUUCUUCUCUUCACUCCUUUCUGCCAUUGACAGUGUUAUGACAGUUUCAUCCUCUCUGUGACUUCUAUUCUCUGACUCUAAUUUCUCAUAUCAUUUGAGAUAAAAACCCCAAAUAGUUGACAAAUUCUAUUAAUCCUCUAUUUUUCUUAUCUUAUAAUCUCUCUUUAGAGUUCAGAAUGCCUGUCCUGCUCCAUUCUACUCUUUCUGUUAGGUAGGAAUACCCACUCCUAGAAUGUAAUGUGAACCAGUUUGCCUGACAAUGACAACAUAUGAAUGAAGUAACCUUAUUUUUCUUGGUAGACAUCAAAAUUAUAGUUCAUAUGCAGUUGGAGGGUUUGGAGAAUCAUCUUUGAUAUGACUGAUAUGAUAGAUUUAUUUCCCUAUGUCUGAGAAAUUAUAAUAAGUAAGGAAAAGGAACUACAUUCUAUCCACUUAUUGGUGUAACAGCUAAAACAGAAAUAACAGAGUAACAGUAAAACAGAAUAAACUAGAGAUUUAUAAAUUGAUUCAGCAUCAACUUCAGUGAUAUUAAGUAAGAAAAUAGAAAGAGAAGUGAUAAAUGUAGAAUGUCCUAUUUGAUAGAAGUUCAGGGACAACAAGCAAUGUGUGGCUAUUCAUAAAAUAUUAUUUAUGAAACCAAGUGUACAUGGGAAAGUCCUGUGAUGGUAUAUCUGCAGUGUGUGGAUGAGGAUCACAUUUCAUAGCUCAUAUUACACACAGCCUCUGGAUUUGCAGGUUUGCUACUAUUGUAUAUAUAAAGCAUGUUAAAAUAGAAAAAUAGCUAAACCCUUAAAAUAAAAUAUAUACAGAAAUGAAUGCACUUCUUUCACCAGCAUUUUUAUAACUAUACAAGUAUGAAAAAAACUAUUACAAUGACAGUUGAGAAAGUUUAAUUUGCACAUUAAAUUCUCAUAUUAAAGACAAAGAUAAUUGCAAA